AUGAAGGUCGUAGCGCUUUCUGCGGAUGAUGAAACGAAAUGUUAUUAUUGUGCUGAUGGUCUUCAGGGUUGGAAACCUGAUGAUGUAAAAUUGGUUAAAGAACAGGAUUAUAAACAAAAAGUAAUGACUGGUGUACGCAAUGCUCGCACCCAAAGAGAGGUCAAAAAACAGAGAACGUUAACAGGAUCCCCGGAUCCUGAUUGCAAACAAUGCAAAAUUUGUUACAAGGAGAUGCGGAAUGUAUGCUACUCGUAUGUGCCGUGCGUACAUGUUGUCGCAUGUUCUAAGUGA